UACAUGUUCUAUGCUUUGGCUAUUAUCUGUGAUGAUUUCUUCGUUCCUUCGUUGGAAAAAAUUUGUGAACGCUUGCACCUCAGUGAAGAUGUGGCAGGGGCAACAUUCAUGGCAGCUGGCAGCUCUGCUCCAGAGCUGUUUACAUCUGUGAUAGGUGUGUUUAUCACAAAAGGAGAUGUAGGUGUUGGGACCAUUGUUGGCUCUGCAGUAUUCAACAUCCUCUGCAUAAUUGGGGUUUGUGGCCUAUUUGCAGGGCAGAUAGUUGCACUGUCUUCUUGGAGCCUCUUGAGGGAUUCAAUGUAUUAUACCUGCUCAGUUGCUGCACUUAUUUUGUUUAUUUAUGAUGAAAAAGUUGCUUGGUGGGAGUCCUUAAUCCUAGUGCUGAUGUACAUCAUCUACAUUCUUAUCAUGAAGUUUAAUGCCAAUCUCCAGCAUAUAUUUGAACGGAGGACAAAGAAUGUAACGAACAUGGUGAAUGGAUUAGCAAAUAAUACAGAGAUGGAUGACAACAGCAAUUGUGAUGCUACAGUGGUAUUACUAAAGAAAGGAAAUUUCCACCGCAAAGCCUCUGUAAUCAUGGUGGAUGAAUUGCUGUCUGCAUAUCCACACCAGCUAUCCUUUUCAGAGGCUGGGCUCCGGAUUAUGAUCACAAGUCACUUUCCUCCCAGAACCCGGCUCUCCAUGGCCAGUCGCAUGUUGAUCAAUGAGAGACAAAGAUUAAUCAACAGCAGAGUGUAUACCAAUGGAGAAUCAGAGAUAGCCAUCAAGGUCCCUCUCAAACAUACCAUGGAGAAUGGAUCAGGGCUCAGCAAUUCUGCUAACAGAAGCGCAAAUGGAACCAGAAGAGAUGAGGAGGCUGCUGAGGGUGGGAAUGAAACAGAGAAUGAAAAUGAUGACAAUGAAAACAAUGAGAAUGAUGAUGAGGAAGAGGAAGAGGAAGAAGAAGAUGACAACCAAGGUCCUUACACUCCCUUUGAUCCACCAUCUGGCUUAAUAGAAACUAUCAAGUGGCUCUUCACCUGGCCUCUCUCUUUGCUCUUAUACUUCACGGUGCCCAACUGUAAUAAACCCCACUGGGAGAAGUGGUUCUUGGUCACUUUUGUUUCCUCCACACUCUGGAUUGCAGCCUUUUCCUACAUGAUGGUCUGGAUGGUCACAAUCAUUGGUUUCACUUUGGGUAUUCCAGAUGUGAUAAUGGGGAUCACAUUUCUGGCAGCUGGAACCAGUGUACCAGACUGCAUGGCAAGCCUUAUUGUAGCAAGACAAGGAAUGGGUGACAUGGCUGUAUCAAACUCCAUUGGAAGCAAUGUCUUUGACAUUCUAAUUGGCCUUGGCCUUCCAUGGUCUCUACAGACUCUAGCAGUAAACUAUGGCUCUGUUAUUCGAUUGAAUAGUCGUGGACUUAUCUAUUCUGUGGGCUUGUUGCUGGCCUCAGUUUUUGUCACUGUGUUUGGAGUUCAUUUGAACAAGUGGAAGUUGGAUAAGAAGCUGGGGUUUGUGUGCCUUUCCCUCUAUGGAAUCUUCUUGUGUUUCUCCAUCAUGACAGAAUUUAAUGUCUUCACUUUUGUAAAUUUGCCUAUGUGCAGAGAUCACUGAUCCUAUGGACAUCCUGCUGAGAGGCAACUUCCUUCUGUACCAGUGCAAUAUGAAAAUGGUUGGCAUUUCCAAGCAGUAUGAGGCCCCCCGUGAAGGCUGUGAAGUUCACUGGGUCCUCUUCUUGUCUUGGCUUAGUCUCUUUCUAAGCCAUCUUUUCACACAUACAGACACUUACCUGGAAACCACCUAUCUUGAUGUGAAGAUUUACGAAUUCAGAUACUCUGAUGGGCAGUCUAACUUUUACCUGGCCCUGAGCCAGAGAAGCUGAACUAUUACAGGUUUUUUUUUAACUUAUUUGAUGGAAGACUAAUUUAUGAAUUGAGACAAUAGCUAAGAUACAAAGAAGAGGGUACAUUGCAUUGACUGCUUUGUGAGAAAAAUGAAAGGAAUUUAUUUCUUUUUUUCUUAAAAAAGCUUCCUUGCAGCUUAUUUACUUUGCAAAAUACUGUGUUUCAUUGGAUGAUUCCAAUGUUACAAACAGUGCUGUGAGAGCUGAAUUCCAGGUACUUAUUAACAAGAAUGGACCUGUACAUUUUCAGAAAUGGUACACAAUGACUUCCUUAUGGGAAGUAAUGUAUCCCUGAAAGAGAUUUGGGAAGAAUCUUAACUGAAUUCAGACUGUAGAGUUGAACCUUGCUGCCAUUUUAUUCUUAACAGCAGAAUGUGAUCACGAGAUUGUUUAGAAUAUUUCCAAGCAAUAGUUUUAGGCCUACCAGCCCUGGAAGGCUCAUGGGAUAGAGUCCUGGUUUUUAACUUGAUUAUUGCCAAGAAAACUACAUGGAUGUAUCCAUGAAGUCACCAGGAGCCAAAUGUGACUCAAAGGAGAUUUAACUUUUUUUUCCCUUUUAAUUUAAAAUGCAAUGCCUGAACUAAUCUGUUAUGGGUUCUCAAUAUCUAUUGAGAAUAUUUCCUUAGCACUUUUAGAUUGAAAAGUACUUUAUGACCCUCCCUUUCCUCUUUAUCCUGGCAACAGUUCCUUAAGGUAAGUCACUAAUAUUCCCAUGUCUUAAAAAAUAGUGAACUACAGCUGAGAAAGUAGGUGCUCCUGCACAUAUCAGCUUCAGGACUGUGUUAAGGUCUGAGCCAAAAUUGUUCUGAUUCAAGAUGAAACUCAGAUUUUUGGAUCAUCAGACCAUCUAUCAAUGUAUGGAGAUUGGAGAAGAGGAAAUGGAUGUAAAAGGACAUUAUUAGUUGAGAAGGGAACAUAAGCACAUGGCACAUGUUUUAAAAUAAUUAGUUGUAGACACUGGUUGGUAAAAAGCAUAUUUUGCACAU